CAACCAUCGACUGAGUUUAUUGACUGGAAAUCCUAACUGUACUUAGGGGUAAUUGUUUUAAUGAGGAGAUCAUCUCGACUGCUCUUGUAAAAUGGAAACUAAUGAUGUUAAGACUUUCCAUCAGUGUGUUGUAUGUGAUGAGAUUUUUCAACAAUAUGAUGAUUUAGAACAACACAAUAAAAUACAUGUUAAAGAAGAGAAAACUGAUGAUGCAGAUGUACAUGUACAUUGUCAGGUUAAAGAAGAGAAAACUGAAGAUAUUGAAGCUGUUUAUCAGUGUAAUUUAUGUGAUGAAGAAUUUAAAUCUGACACUGAUUUAGAAAAACAUUGUAAAACACACAAAGCAGAAGAGAAUUGUUUACAAAGAUUUCAAGAGGAAAACGAGUUACAAGACCAGAUAUGUUUUAAAUGUGAUGUUUGCGGCUCAACAUUUAAUUCACAAAGUCAGUUUCAGAAUCAUUUAAGAACACAUUCUGCAGAAAAACCUCAUAAAUGUGAUGUUUGUGGUAAAACAUUUAAUCAAAGAGGCUCUCUUGAGAUGCACAUGAGAAUACAUACAGGUGAAAGACCCUUUAAAUGCGAUAUUUGUGGGAAAUCGUUCAAACAGAAAGGAUAUAUUGAGCGGCAUAUGAGAAUUCAUACAGGUGAACGACCUUAUGAGUGUGGAGAAUGUGGGAAAACCUUCGGUGAUGCAAGAAAUGUACAGCAACACAUGAGAACGCAUACAGGGGAAAAACCCUUUAGAUGUGAUGUUUGUGGUAAAUCAUAUUCUCAGACUUGUAGUCUACGAACACACAUGAAGCUUCACACAGGGGAAAAACCCUUCAAGUGUGAGGUCUGUGGUAAAUCGUUCACUCAGAAUGGCCAUCUGCAGAAACAUGUGACAAUUCAUACCGACAAAACUUUUAAAUGUGGUGUUUGUAGUAAAUCAUUCACUGAGGAUUUUAAUCUCGAAGUACACAUGAGAACGCAUACCGGUGAAAAACCCUUCAGAUGUGAUGUUUGUAGUCAAUCAUUUACUCUGAGUUGUCAUCUACAAAACCACAUGAGAAUUCACUCUGUAGUAGAAAAAAACCUUGAAGGUGAUGUUAAUAGAAAAACCCCUAAAGAAGACAAACUUUUUAAAUGUGAUAUUUGUGGUAAAUAUUACAAAAGGAAAAGUUCCCUUGAGGUGCACAGAACCAUUCAUACUGUAGACAUAUUAAAGCCUUUUGAAUGUGAUGUUUGUGAUAAAUCAUUUUCCUUUAUGUCUAAUCUGUAUAGACAUCUGAAAAUUCACUCUAAAAUAUAACAUAUUACAAUUUAAUCCUUAUACGGCAUUUAGUGAUUAUUUAUUAUUAUUAUUAUUAUAUUACAAUGUCAUGCCAGUGAAAAAACAUUUUAACGUGAUGUUUCUCGUAAAUCAAUUACUACUACUUCAAAACUCUGCCGCCCGUUUAGUCACCUGCACUAGAUUUCACAAACACAUCACCCCUAUCUUGCAUGAACUCCAUUGGCUUCCUGUCUGUCAACGUAUAAAAUCAAAAUUAUGAUAUUAAUUUAUAAAUAUCUUCAUACCCAAGCACCUCUCUAUCUUUCAGAAUUAAUCACCACUUGGUUUCCACAGAGGUCCACCGGGCAGGCUAUGAUCGAAAGAGGAGGGGUUAGGCUAAAUGACGGGUGUGACUUCUACGGAUCCCUCUUUUUUCCUAUCGCCACACCCACCCUCUCGAACGAUCUGCUCCUAACAUCCGCACAAUAGACCCAUUAGCAUAUUUUAAAAGUUCCCAACAAAAUUUACUUUUUAAAGAAUACUAUUCCUCAAAUUUUUAAACUUGAAGUAUUUUUAUAGCUUUUUAGUUUUUUUGUUGUUCUAUAUUUUGUGUUAAUUCUGUAAAGUCCGUUGAUAUGUACAUGGGACUGACUUUAAACAAUAAAUUAUUAUUAUUAUUAUUAUGUCUAAUCUGUAUAGACAUGCGAAACUUUACACUAAAAUAUGGCAUGAAUUCAGGCCAGUGAGAAACAUUUAAAUGUGAUGUUUGUGUUAAAUCAUUUUCUAGAUUCAUUAGAUUAGGCGCACGUUUUUUCACCAGGGGGGUUGAAUGGCCGAAUGGUUAGCAUGUGCGCGCUGUAUCUGUCAUUGAGUUAACUAGCAUGGUUUCGAUUCCCUGGUUUGGUUAUACAUGACAAGGAGUAGGGUCGCCUGUCCAACCUUGUGGGUUUUCUCCAGGUCCUCCAGUUUCCUCCCACUGCUAAAGACCUCUACGCGCAAGCGAAUUAUUGACAUAAAAAAA